AUGGCCGAGGAAGGCGUUGCCGCUGGAGGUGUGAUGGAUGUCAACACCGCUCUCCCCGAAGUGCUCAAGACAGCACUCAUCAAUGACGGCCUGGCUCGCGGUAUCCGUGAGGCCGCCAAAGCCCUGGACAAGCGCCAGGCCCACCUUUGCGUGUUAGCCGCUAACUGCGACGAGCCCGUCUACGUCAAGCUGGUGGAGGCUCUCUGCGCCGAGCAUCAGAUCAACCUGAUUAAGGUCGACGACAACAAAAAGCUCGGCGAGUGGGUCGGUCUGUGCAAGAUUGACCGCGAGGGCAAACCCCGGAAGGUGGUGGGCUGCAGCUGCGUUGUCGUCAAGGACUACGGGAAGGAGUCGCAAGCAAAGGACGUCAUUGAGGAAUACUUCAAAGCCAAGAAGUAA